AUGACGUGGACGGUGAUGUGCACCUACUCGCGGCAGCUGGCGUCCAGGUACCCGACGUGCUGCGUCUCCUUCUCCUCCUACAACAGCACCAUCGUGCCGUGCGGGUGCGGCCCUCACAAGAGCACGGGCAGCCGCGGCGGCAAGAGCCACGGCGACGGGUGCAUCGCCGGCGACCCCAAGAAGGACGGCGCGCAGCUGCUGCAGUGCACCAACCACAUGUGCCCCAUCCGCGUGCACUGGCACGUCAAGCUCAACUACAAGGACUACUGGCGCGCCGAGAUCGCCGUCACCAACUUCAACUACCGCAUGAACUACACGCAGUGGACGCUUGUCGCCCAGCACUCCAACCUCAACAACGUAAGCGAGGUCUUCAGCUUCCAGUACAAGCCCUUCUUCCCCUACGGCAACAUCAACGACACCGGCAUGUUCUACGGCCUCAAGCUCUACAACGACCAGCUCAUGGAGCCCGGCCCCUUCGGCAACGUGCAGUCGGAGGUGCUCAUGCGCAAGGACGACACCACCUUCACCUUCAGCCAGGGGCGGGCCUUCCCGCGCAAGAUCUACUUCAACGGCAAUGAGUGCAAGAUGCCGCCGCCGGAAUCCUACCCUUACCUGCUCAACUCCACGCCGCCGCGUUCUUCCAUCGUCACCGCUGCCUCGACGUGCUUGAUGUUGUUGCUGCUGCUCCCGGCAUCAUGA